AUGUCUCUUGUUCUUCUUUCUUCCCUCAUCAUCUUUGUUCCCAUCCUUCAAGCAAGUAUAAUGCCAUUCUUCUCUUCCUCCAUCCCUUCUCUUCCUUCAAACCCAUACCCGGCCAAGAUUUCUUUGUCAUCCUAUCAUCUAAACCUCUAUCCGGUGCAGCAGGACUCCACCAAUAACAAACCCUUCAAAUCAGAACAGAAUCGCCGAUAUCCUCGUAGAAGGGAGGAAGAACAAGCACGCCACACCCAGGCUCCGCAGGUCGGAACCAUGAACCAAGCAGCAGGAGCUCAACAAUCUACCUCCAGACUCGUGCGGACGAACUCAUCCCACCAGCCAAAUCACACUUCAAGUCAGCGGAGAACACAACUCCCUCAAACAACAUACUCUCCUUUCCCUCAACCCAAACCCCUGACAAGGAAGCCAGUAUCAAAGGAGCGGACAGAUUCCCCAAACAGCGUCUUGAGUUUCGCAUCCAACGUCCCCCCUCCUCAGGUCACUCAUGGUAGAUCCCGUCCCUUUGACACCACGACUGAAAAACCAACCACUUCCUCCCGCACUAACAUUCCCUCCCGCCCUCACACUCCCACCCGUCCCAUCACUCCCUCCCGCCCUUCCUCUCCUAGCGGCUCAUCCAUCUUCCGGCACUUUAGCCCCAGUCGCCGCGGUAGCAACGCCUCAACAUCCUCUCAACGCCCUCCAUCCCGUCGAGGUAGCAUCUCCGACUCCGUCCGUCGCGUCUCCGCCGAUUUGAGAAAAGGCCUCGACAUCAUCCAAAUGSACGCUCUAGAGCGGGAGAAAUGGAAAGUCGCCGAGAAAGCACGCAUGCAUGCCGAGAUUGAAGAACAAAGACGUCUGGAUCCGAGUCUGAGACCUGCCUAUCAACAAGAAUAUCUCGAUUGGAAAGCCACACAAACUUCCAACAACCUCUCCCCUAACCUCACCGAACACGAGAGAAUGAUUGCCCUGGAUUCCGCUCUGCGGCCGUCAGCUCCGGUACCCCUCAAAAAGGAAGCACAGCGGGACCGAGACGCUCAAGCUCCGCGCACAGCAGAUGUCAUGGAGAGUUGUCGGAGGUGUGGUAGGCCUGUGGGAGGGAGUGAGGAGGAAGGCUUGUUUCUUACUGGAGGGUUUUGUCCGAGGUGUCAUCGGUUGAGGGUUAAAGAAUUCUGGGACACACCCUCCCCAACCCCCYCCUCCUCCUCGCCAAAAACAARACCAACAUCCCUCUACUCCACCACCYCCCACCGCAGAAUCUCCAUUAAUGAUGAAGAAGGGGAAGAAUUCAUGAAACUUCCCCGUUCCAGCACCACAAACAACAAGAAACGCAUCCUUCGAAUCCGUCGAACCAUUUACGAAGAUCCUGGAAAUCCCUUUCUUCACAAUUCCAGGAUUUCAAGCGACAACAACAAUAUCAUCACCACUACUAAUAGAAACAAAAUUGAUUCCUCUCCCUCUUCCCUCUCCUCGGAAGAAGAAUGCAACGAUGCUCCCCCUCCAGGAUUCUGGGGCGUGAACGAUAUCCCUUCUUCUUCCCCUGACUUUCUUGGAGGAAGAGGAGUCGGUAAAUAUUCCUCGAAGAAAAUUGAAGACGAGAGGAUUUUAGGAAUCAGAACUUUCGAAGAGGAGGAAAGUGAGGAAGAGGAGGUGGAUGCGAGGGAUUCUCCUCUUCAAGCUCCCACGCCCCAGAGGGUUGGUACGCCGGGAUUGAUAAGGAGGGAUCUGAGUUUUUGUGAUGGUGGUGGUGGUGACGAUGAGGCGGAUGGUUGGUUGGAGGGGGUGGGGAGGGGGAGGUUGUGUGGUGAUGGUGAUGUGGGAGAAAGGGAUGGGGAGGGGAAUGGAGGGAGGGAGUAUUAUGGUUUUUAUGAGGGUGUUUUGGAGGAGUAUCAUCGUUUGAGUCGGGGGAGAAUAUCUGAUUUGAUUUGA